AUGAAAGUGGACGGCAUGAGACUGCAACACUGCAGUCGUGUCACUGACCAGAUGAACAACAUCACAUCCGAGAAUAGCCCUACCACGCCGAAGCAGCACGUCGCCAGCUUACUUCCAAGAUCGACCCACUCUAAAUUCGGCUUCUCGGACUCACUACGACCAACAGGCGCCCAUAACUCGGAGUGCAUGGCACCCUUGCCCUCGCCCAUGGACGACAUCGACCCGAUAACGCUCAAAUACCAGCAAUCCAUUCCAUUAGUCCUCCUUCCCGCGUCGAGCCACCUCGCUGCCUUCCACGUCGCACGUCUACGCCCUCUCGCUAAUCCCUCUAUUCAGUUGGCUUCCCUGCAAGAUUCUGACUCGCCCUUCUGCCUGAAAUGCGGCUCGUUAUACACGCACGCCGGAAACACCCGCAUCCUCCGUGUUCGCCACAAGAUCUCGACUUCGAAGAGGGAACGAGGCCUCCAAGAACAGCAAGAACAGCACAAUGGACGUGUCCAAGUAAAAGGAAAAGAUAACUACAAAGACAAUGUGGGAAACAAGGACUCGGUGGAGUGUGGAGACUCAGCAGCAGGAGAAGUGUUUGCGACGGAACGUGUUCCGAGGGUUCUACAGCGUAGUUGUGACGCGUGUGGCUGGGUGUCGAGGGUUCCGAUUCCGCCACAACAACAGGACAAGGCAACAUCCCUCCCGAAGAAGCUGAAAGUCCCUACCACCGAGCUGCCUGUCUCGUCGCUCCCAUCUCCCAUACACUCAGACUCAGCCACAUCUGCAUCGUUAUCCAAAGCAUCAAUGAGAUCUUCGAUCAGACCCAAGGAGGCUCCCGCACCUACCGCAAUGCUCGCCCAGACAUCAGCAUCAACGAGUCGCAGCAAAUCACGCUCAAAGAAAAGCACACUUCAAGACAUGCUCGCCCGGAAUCGCAAGCAGGAAGCUAAUCGUACCCAGCCAUCGGAAUCAAAUAAUCUUGCGGCGUUCCUGACCGGUCUCCAAUGA